AUGCCCGACAAGCCCCCAUACACCGCCCACCUUGGCAACCUUUCUUUCGAAGUCACCGAGGCCGACGUCCGCGAUUUCCUUGACGGAUGUGAGGUUACUAGCGUUCGUAUUGUUGAGGACAAGAUGGACCGCAGACCCAAGGGCUUCGGUUACGUCGAGUUCGGUACCGUUGACGGUUUGAAGAAGGCUCUUACUCUCAGCGAGACCCAGUUCCAGGGCAGAAACAUCCGCAUCAGCGUCGCCGACCCACGUAAGUCUAGAAGCGCCCAGAUUUGCAAGCCUUUACUCACAAUAUCCUAG